AGUGGAUCGAGCGGCAGCGAGCCAAGAACAAGACCUACUACUACCACCAGAAGUUCCGCCGCGUGCCCGACGUGAGCGAGUGUCUGGAGGGUGACUACCUCUGCUUCUUCGAGGCUGAAGCACAGUGGAGGAGGGACAGGAUGGUCGAUCAGGAGAUCGUGGAGAUAGUCCGGGAAAGGCUGGGAGCCUGCAACCAGAGGGAGGGCCCCAACCGCCUGCAGAACUGUGCCAAGGAGGCAGAGCUGCUGGUGCAGGUCACCAAGGCCUACCAGGACAGAUAUGGUGACCUGGGUGUCCACGGGAACGCCAGGACCUGCCUGAUGAAGCAGAAGCACAGGAUGAUGGAGGAGAGGAAGGCCCAAGCAAACGCCUCCCAGUAGAGCUGG